AUGGAGCGCAAACUCAUCGCCACAGUUGUACUUGCUCUUGUUUCGGUAGCCGGUGCCCGUAUGGCAUACCAACUGCCAGCCGAUUUCGAGACAAUUCUGAGCAGCCCUCUUCAGACAACCUUCUCGUGCGAGAACCUUCCCUACGGGUAUUAUGCUGACACAGACAACGACUGCCAGGUCUUCCACGUCUGCCUUCCCAUCGCUGAUGACAUCGGCGCCCUAGUGGAAACUGCCCAUUUCACCUUCGUCUGCGGCAACCAGACCGUCUUCAGUCAGGAGUCCCUAACGUGCGCCAGCCGAGACGACGCGUUUCCCUGCGCCGAGGCGAGGACCCUGUACGAACUCUCCAACGCCGACUUUGGUAGAAUCCCUGAGGAUAUCGUCAAUUAA